CCGCUUUGAGCUCCACAAGUUCCGAGGAACAACCCAGUCCGACAGACAUGGCAGAGGAAGCUCCAGCAGCCGCGCCGGCUAAGGCUCCGGCCAAAGCCCCGAAGAAGAAGUCCGCUCCCCGGCCCAAGAAGGACGGGCCCAGCCUCCCCAAACUCAUCGUGGACGCCGUGGCCGAAUCCAAGGAGCGCAAGGGGACGUCCCUGGCGGCCCUCAAGAAGGUGCUGGCCGGGAAAGGAGUGGACGUGAGCAAGGCCAACAAGCGCAUCAACACCGCCGUCACCAAGUUGGUCACCAAAGGGACCCUGAGCCAGACYAAGGGCACGGGGGCCUCCGGCUCCUUCAAGCUCGCCAAGAAGGAGCCCAAGGUCGCUAAACCGGCGGCCAAGAAGGUGGUGAAGAAGAAGGCGCCCGUCAAGGCCAAGAAGCCCGCGGCAAAGAAGAGCGCAGCGGCCAAGAAACCCGCCGCAAAGAAACCCGCAGCGGCAGCCAAGAAGUCCCCGAAGAAGGCUCCGGCCAAGAAAGCGGCCAAGAAGCCCGCCAAGAGCCCCAAGAAGGCCGCGCCCAAGAAGCCCAAGGCCGCCGCCGUCAAGAAGCCCAAGGCCGCAGCCAAGAAAAGUCCAGCAAAGAAACCUGCAGCCAAGAAGGCCGCAGCAAAGAAGGCCAAGAAGUAAACAGCUGCUUCAGCCCCGCAUUUUAC